CUUUAUUUAAGCCAUAGUGAAGCAGCCCUGAGAACACAGGCUUUGCUCUAUUUCCAGGGUGAGCAAAAUUGAAAAAUGCUCCUUGUCUGUCUAAGGGACUGUCAGGUGCCCAGAUAUUAUCAGUGUGGUUUAUUUGUUACUCUGAAAGAGGGUGAAGAGAUUUUAAAAGAAACCACUCAACAUUCCAAUUAGCUUUUCAAAUCCAACUCAAACAUCAGAAUUAGAGAAAUAUUUUUAUUCUGUGUUGAGAAGGUAUCAACACUGCUGUGCUUUGAGUUUAUUUAGAAAGGCAGUUGUGAUUUUGCCUCCAGCCAGUUCCUGUCGGGAAGGACAUUCCACACCAUUUUUUUUGGCUUGCAAAACUAGUUCAUUAAACUGAGCAAACAUUAAGCUGGGGCUCCCGAGAGGCCACAGAGUCAGUAUUUCAAGCAAAGCUGCCUCUGCUCUCCAGGACUCGGGGUUUCAGAGUUUUGUGCUGGUCUGAAAAAAUAAUGCAACGAGAGAUGUCUCUGACAGUAAUGGCCUUUUGUGUGAUUGUCUUCUGUGCUGGUGGUGUCUUCUCCGCCAGGGGCGAAGUGAUGCAUAAACUGGCUAAAAGGAAGCUGUGUGCAGAUGAGGAAUGCAGCCAUCCAAUUUCAAUGGCUCGAGCACUGGCAGAUUACACAGGUCCUGACUGCAGGUUCAUCAACAUCCGUCAGGGACAGAUCGUUUACAUUUAUGGAAAACUUAGAGGAAAAGGACGCAACUUUUGGCAAGGGACUGUUCAAGGUGAUUAUUUUGGGGAGCAAUCAACAACACUUGGAUUUUUCCCAAAGUCGAUUGUGAGAGAGCUCCAACAUCUAGGGACUGAACUUGUGGAAAUGCCAACAGUUGACUGGGAUUUCUACUGUUAGUGAAAGAAGAGGAUCAGAAAGAAAUCGGGCUCCCACAAAACCAGCCAGUCAAUGCCAUGGAGUGCCAUUGCAGAGUUAGGUUUACAAUAAACUGUCUUGCCCAAUGA